AGAGACAGACACACUAUCAAGCUAUCAAGCCUUAUUUCAGAUAAACGUCAAAUUUUCUUAACUUUGUGACACUUGAUCGUGUUUUGAACACACAGUGACUAUGGAGCAGAUUCAUACCACUAAAGGUACAAAGAGGUGCAGGGAGGCUGAUACAGAAGAGUCACCCAGCAAAAGACACCAUGCUGAGGAAGAAGAGCGACUCUCACCAGCCGACAGUGCACAAACAGCUUUGGUCACUGAGCCAUCCACCCCAGUGAUCCCUGGUUACAAACUGAGAUACACCAAAGUGGUGACACUCUCACAGAGGCGGCAGUACAUGCGAGCGUACAAACAGCUCUCUGAAGAGUACUGCGCCCUGCAUGCACGCGUCGAUGGCAUCGAACCAUUCUGCCAUCUGGAGCCGAAACGAAUGGAGUUUCAGGAAGUGCAUGAUGAGGACAACCAGGGUGAACAGAACUCGCUAGAACACUACCUGAAUCACACUAGCGAGAGAGAGCGGCUCUUUUACCUCCACCACAAGCUUGUUUACAUCAAGAAGCUUUGUGCUGACUUUGACCACUGGUGGAGGAAGAACUUACUGGCCAAAGCCAGAAGAGCCCAGGAGAAAACCAGUCCUGGAUGUUUUUAGUCUUUGUUUUAAUCUCUUCCCUCCCCGUUUCCUUUUUAAUCUUUCUAAAAUGCUGUUCCCUUUAAAUUAUUAUUGUUAAAUUCUCCCUAUUAAUAGUGUAUUGUACUAUGUGAGUACAACAGUACCAACCUUUACCAUACAGGUGUAAAUACACAGAUAUACAUACAGUCUCUAAUAGCUAUGACACAUUCCCCAAAUAAAUGCAAAGUCAUUCAUGUUUGUAGGAUCACAUUCGAAAAGAUGCUUAAAUAAAACAAAUAUAAAACACGACUUCAAGAUCAUAGCAACUAAGAUUACAAACGUCAUGCAGUGACGAAUCCACGUCAUUCCUUUAGUAUUUGUUCUUUACGAUCUGAACAUAUAUGUACUGUAUGUAAUUGUGGCUAAACUAUAUAUAGAUAGUGCAUUUCUUGUUCCUCUGUUGUGACCCUGUAAAAUGCUGGAGUAACUAGCUAUUUCUGGUAAAUAGAUGGCUACUCUGUCUCUUAACCGGCUAGCUGGCUUGUAAUUCAGGUUGGCUAGUUGGCCUAAGCGGGCCUUGUGCUCGCCCUAACCCAACGACAAAGGAACAAGAAGAUGUACAGCGUCCACUAUCUACAUCUAGUAUCUAGUACUUACAAUAUGGUACAUUUAUAUUCCGAUCGUAAAGUGCAAAUAAUAAAUGAUUGGCUUGUGUUUGUUCAUCAUAACGUUUGUAAAACUCGUUACUAUUUUCUUUAAGUCUCUUUUAUAUUUGAUUUAUUUGACAUGUUUUUAAUGUGAUGCUCCAGACACAGAUGAGUUUGUAUUUAAUUGUUGAACAUGUCGUUUCUGUUUCAGACUGUAUGUGUAUCUUUGCAUUCACACCUGCAUUUGGGAAAGGUUUUGAUACUGUUUUACUUUCAUUUUACCAUAUUCUAUUGUAUUGUUCUACUGUCUCUCCUAUCACAGUGUCUACUCUAAACUCCAACCCCAAGAGUGUCACUGUAAUUGAUAGGAGAAACAGUAUUCUGUUCGUCCCAGUUAAACGUACUUAAAUAAAUGAUUCUUUUUUGUUUUAUUUGUCACAUUUUUACAUUAAAACUCACCAUCCCCAGCAACAGGACACAUCCUCUACAUCCUUGUACCUCACUCUUACUCUUUUCCCUUUUCCCUGAACUACAACUGAGAAUAAAUAGAAUAUUAGUGCAUUGCAAGUGCUGUGUGUGUUAUCU